AUGGCCGUCGAGCUAACGCCCACGGACAAGCUCUUCAUCAUGAACUUGGACCAAAAUGAGUUUGAUGGUUUCUCCUACACCAACCCUGAAUUUGUUAUACAAGUUGAUGUCCUCAUGACUAUCGCCGUAGGGACGGACUAUUGGUUGUACUCCCGCGGGAUGUGUCGCUCCAAGAGUCAGAACGACAACGAGACAGUCCGUAAGAACGAAGAGGUCCUGACCCACUCAGGUCUGUGGAGGACCUGCUGCACCGAGGGGACAUUCCGCGGUGUUUGCAAAGACAUUGAUCACUUUCCUGAAGAUGCAGACUAUGAGCAGGACGCGGCAGAGUAUUUACUGAGAGCAGUACGAGCCUCCAGCCUCUUCCCCAUUCUCAGUGUGGGUUUAUUAUUCCUAGGAGGUGUGUGUGUGGCUGCCAGUGAGUUCUACAAGUCGCGCUACAAUGUAAUUCUCAGCGCGGGUAUACUCUUUGUCUCUGCAGGUCUCAGCAACAUCAUUGGCAUCAUUGUGUACAUAUCAGCCAACUCAGGUGACCCCACGCAGAGUGACAACAAAAAGAGCUACUCAUACGGUUGGUCAUUUUAUUUUGGAGCCCUGUCCUUUGUACUGGCAGAGAUGGUGGGCGUCCUGGCAGUUCAUGUGUUCAUUGAAAAGCACAGGCAGCUGCGCACAAAAGGUCGGCCUUCCUUCACAAAGCCACCCAGCUCCCGUAACUCAUCCUACUACCGCAAUCGCUACUGCCAGAACCGUUCCCGACGCUACAGCUACAGGAGCAACCACAGUGCGGGGGACUCGACCUCACACUCAUUUCGAACAUCCUUUAUGCAAGACCAAGAGCUAUCUCUCUCAGCUGAGUCCAAAUUGAGUGGGAUGACAGUUUUACCAACACCUGUGGCAGUGGGAUCAGAACUUAUGCUGUACACCUUGACCUCGCCACUGGAAGAUGGAAAGAUGGACAUGGCUCUGGAGGAUUUAAGUGUUGCAACUGCUCACAAUGACACAGAGGUGAUGCCUGGGAACUGUACAGCCAACAGAAGGACCACUCCUGUGUGAACAGACACAUCACUACAAAAUGAUGAACAAUGAAAAACAACAACAAGUCCUUCCUUCACUGAUGAAUAAUAAGAAUAUUAAAGUGAGUUACUUUUGUUUUCUGAUAAAUCAAAGAUGAAGUAAUUCUUAAUAUUUAAAAUGUCUGCACUGUUCUUUUAAUUGUGCUCUGUGCUGUAUAUGACCCUGAAGCCCUGGUUAAAUGAUCAGACUGUUCUACAGUGUAACCCAACUUUUUUUCUCAUACUGUAGUUGUGCAAAAGACUUUU